UUAGGGAAGUUCUAUAUUUAAAGGAGCUUGUUAUCGACAUACCGUCCCAUCCCUGUUCCAACCAACUCAACAGAAUCAAUCUCUCUCUCUCUCUCUCUCUCUCUCUCUGUGACUGUGUGUGUGUGUGUCUCUCUCUCUCUCUCUCCGGCCAUGGACCCAUACAAGUACGUCCCCUCAAGUGCAUACGACUCUCCUUUCUGGACAACAAAUUCCGGAGCACCUGUUUGGAACAAUAACUCUUCAUUGACUGUUGGGACUAGAGGCCCAAUUCUUCUUGAGGAUUAUCAUUUGGUCGAGAAACUUGCCAAUUUUGAUCGGGAGCGUAUCCCUGAACGUGUCGUCCAUGCAAGGGGAGCCAGUGCCAAGGGGUUUUUUGAGGUCACCCAUGAUAUUUCACACCUAACUUGUGCUGAUUUUCUGCGAGCUCCAGGAGUUCAGACACCUGUUAUUGUUCGUUUCUCCACUGUCAUCCAUGAACGUGGUAGCCCUGAAACCCUGAGGGAUCCCCGAGGUUUUGCAGUGAAGUUCUACACCAGAGAGGGUAACUUCGAUCUGGUGGGUAACAAUUUCCCAGUUUUCUUUGUCCGUGAUGGAAUGAAGUUCCCGGACAUGGUCCAUGCUCUUAAACCCAACCCCAAAUCCCACAUCCAGGAAAACUGGAGAAUCCUUGACUUCUUCUCCCACCAUCCAGAGAGCUUGCAUAUGUUCUCCUUCCUAUUUGAUGAUCUGGGUAUUCCGCAAGACUACAGGCACAUGGAAGGCUCCGGUGUUAAUACCUACACCUUAAUCAACAAAGCUGGGAAGGCUCAAUAUGUCAAGUUCCAUUGGAAACCUACUUGUGGAGUGAAGUGUUUGUUGGAAGAUGAGGCCAUUAAGGUUGGGGGAUCUAAUCACAGUCACGCUACCAAGGACCUCUAUGACUCAAUAGCAGUUGGAAAUUACCCUGAAUGGAAACUUUUCAUUCAGACAAUUGAUCCUGAUCAUGAAGAUAGAUUUGAUUUUGAUCCACUUGAUGUAACCAAGACCUGGCCUGAGGACAUAUUGCCCCUGCAGCCAGUCGGUCGCCUGGUCCUGAAUAAAAACAUUGAUAACUUCUUUGCGGAGAAUGAACAACUUGCUUUUUGCCCUGCUCUUAUUGUACCCGGUGUCUACUAUUCCGAUGAUAAGCUACUCCAAACUCGUAUAUUCUCUUAUGCUGAUACCCAGAGGCACCGGCUUGGACCUAACUAUCUGCAGCUCCCAGCUAAUGCUCCCAAAUGUGCUCAUCACAACAACCAUCAUGAUGGAUUCAUGAAUUUCAUGCAGAGGCAUGAGGAGGUUAACUACUUCCCUUCAAGGUUUGAUCCUGUACGUCAUGCUGAGAAGUACCCAAUUCCUUCUGCUGUCUUGACAGGAAGGCGUGAAAAGCGUGUCAUUGAGAAAGAGAACAACUUCAAGCAGCCUGGAGAGAGAUACCGAUCCUGGGCACCAGACAGGCAAGAGCGUUUCAUCUCCAGAUGGGUUGAGGCUUUAUCUGACCCACGUGUCACCCAUGAGAUCCGCAGUAUCUGGAUCUCAUAUUGGUCUCAGGCCGAUAAGUCUUUGGGUCAAAAGAUAGCAAAUCGCCUGAAUGUGAGGCCAAGCUUUUGAAGCUGUGGUUAUCGCAGAGAUUUGGCAGGAGCAAUGUGGAGAGGACAUCAGCUCGGUGAAAGUAUUAAUUUGAAGUGUUAGGCGCCCGUUACUUAUCAGAAAUGAAGAAAUCGAGCGUUAAACGCCUUCUCUAUUUAUACUAUGUAUAUUUAUUUGCAUGAUAUGGACUUUUUUAGUCGCAGGAUAUGGACUGUUUGAGACAAUGAUGUCAUGAUGAUAUAUAAUAAAAAGGUUGUUAUGGGAAGUGAAAUUUAGGAUUUCA